AUGGAGGUAGAUUGGGGGAAUUUAGAACCACUUCCUUUAAGUUUGAUUUUUGAUAAGUUAGGUGAACGUGUAGAUCACAUAUAUUUCAGUAAGGUAUGUAAGAAUUGGUAUUUUAUUGCAAAGUUCAAUUAUCAAAAUCGACAAAUACAAAAUAAUGUAUUGCCGAUGUUGAUGAUUCCCACAAGAAAUAAGAUCAGAACCAAAAGAAGUUUAUAUGCGAUUUCAUCCAAAAGGGAUUAUGAUUUAAAACUAUUCGUACCUCAUAACAAAAGAUUUUGUGGUUCGAGUCAUGGUUGGCUAGCUAAGGUGGAUUCUAGUUCUGAAGUUACACUUAUAACACUCCUCAAUCCUUUUAAAAAUGCUCUUUCCAUCCGUUUACCACCCAUCUACAUGAUGGAUAUACUAAGAAGAAAAACGUAUUAUGAGUGUAAUGUGCAUAAGGUUGUUUUAUCUGCCGAUCCAACAAUUAGGCCACACGAUUAUGUUGUUGUAUGCAUUUACAGUAUGCGUAAAUGUGUUGCUUUUCUAAAGGCUGGACAAAAGAUUUGGACUUAUAUUGAUACGGAUCAUUGUUGCUUUAAUGAUGCUAUAUUCUAUAAAGAUUUAGUCUAUGUUAUAGGACGAUGGAAUAACAUUGUCUCUUUUGAUUUGUGUAAUUUGAGGAAGAAAAAGGUAAUUUCCAAAGUUGUUUCUUUGAAGGGGGGAGAUUAUGCUCAUAGAGCUUAUCUUGUAAAAUCAUUAGAAGGAGACUUAUGGCUAGUAAGAAAAUUUAUCGGUUAUCCUGAUGAUGAUGAAAUGCCUAGCAGUGGUGCAGAAAAAUUUGAAGUGUAUAAAUUAGAAUUGGAUCUUCAAAGUGGUAAACUUAUUCAAAUGUUAAAGCUUAAUAGCUUGGGAGAUAAUGUCUUAUUUGUGGGUGAUAGUGAUUCUGUAUCUAUGUCGGCUUCAUAUUUCUCUAACUAUCUUAAAAAAGAUUCAAUUUAUUAUACAGAUGAUUUUUACGAAGACACCCCAAAGCCUUACCCUAAUGGACCAUCUGAUAUGAGAAUCUACAACGUAAAAGAGGACAAAUUUAAUCAACAUUGCCCUUUUGAACCUUGGUUUAGACGAAUGCCACCUGCUGUAUGGAUUAUUCCACCGAACAAUUUUGAAUUGAAAUAA